AUGGGUCUGUUGCUGCUAGUGUCAAGUCUCCUCCUUUGGGAACAUGCGACCUCCAUGACUGAUGACCAGAGGUCCAAUGAAGAACUGUAUUCCAAAAUGCUUUCCGUUUCUCAUCGCACCCAUGUAGUUGCCCGAAGAAUGUACAGAAUUUUAGAUGCAAGGUUUGCCAAGGGAAGAUUGCUUAUGAACAGUGGAAAUAACACUUGCCACACUGCUUCUAUCCCUACUCCAAACAAUACUGAAGACCUUCUGAAAGUGAUCAUCAAUAUUUCAAAUGCCUGGAAGUACCCACUGAAGCUGCUAACACCUGCAACAUUGACUCACUUAGGGUCCUAUGAUGGUAUGCUGGCAAGAGCUGUAGAGGUUAAAUUUGGAAAUGAGGAAGUUCUGGCAGAAGCCAGAAUUUUACUCAGCAGGAUUCAGCCUGGAUUUGAAGAAAAUGUCUAUCCUGAAUGGCCAGAACUAAGACAACUAAGAUCUUCCAAUGAAGAAACUCACCUAUUUGCAUUUUAUAAACUCUUCUAUUGCCUACGAAAUGAUUCACAAAAGAUUGAGCACUAUCUCAAGACCCUGGGCUGCCAAAUUAUCAAAAAGUUAUGUGCUAGCAUUGAUAUAUAA